GCCACUAUGACCAUUGGCACUCACCCUUGACCUUUCGCCGCCUUGAUUCCACGUUCGGUGCUGAGUGUGAGGGCGUGGACUUCUCGCAACCAGUCCCGGAUGCCGUCAUCGAAGAGCUUCGUGCCGCGAUGGCCACAUACGGCGUCUUGGUCUUCCGCGCCACCAAACUUGACGAUGCGCGCCACUUUGCCUUUGCGCGUCAAUUAGGCGAAUCGAUAGUGGAUAACACGGUCGGGAAACCGGGGGUGCCAGAUCGACUUGGUUCCAGAGGCAAGCUUAUGGAUGUUGGGAAUGUGGACAGCAAGGGCCGGGUCUUAUCGCCAUCGUAUUGGCGGGCGCAGCUAUUCCGGGGCACACGCCUCUUCCUCGUAGACGGCUCCUUCACCCAACGCCGAGCGGGAUAUAGCCUCCUCCGAGAGCACAAACUGCCCCCAAAGGGAACCGGCGGCGCGACGGCAUUUGCCGACACCAGGACUGCUUAUGCGGAUCUCGCUGAGGAGACGAAAGCCGAAAUUUAGAAUCAUGUGCUAUGGCAUUCAAUCAUGCAGAGUCGAUAUCUAGGAGCCCCGGAUAAUUGGCUCAUCAGAUUGGUGGUUGCCGUCUCCGACCUGGAUGACCUGCGUCGUAUCCCAUAUCUGAUGGGGGUGGUAUGUUCACGACAUGCUUCAAGAAAGCGACUUCCCUAGUAAGACAUCGUAUUGUGCUAACCAAACUAUCAUCAUUUACAGGGUCUCAUAGCCCGUAUAU